AUGGAGAGCGAGCGCGAUGUGUACCGCCAGUUCCAGGACUGGUGCCUCCGGACUUACGGGGACUCAGGCAAGACCAAGACGGUGACCCGUAAAAAAUACGAGCGGAUCGUCCAGCUCCUCAACGGCUGCGAGUCGAGCUCCACGGACAACGCCAAAUUUAAAUUCUGGGUCAAAUCGAAGGGUUUCCAGCUGGGCCAGCCGGACGAGGUCCGCGGGGGCGGCGGCGGCGGCGCCAAGCAAGUGCUCUACGUGCCGGUCAAGACCACGGAUGGCGUAGGGGUAGAUGAGAAGCUAUCUUUGCGGCGGGUAGCUGUGGUUGAAGAUUUCUUUGACAUUAUCUAUUCAAUGCAUGUGGAAACAGGGCCAAAUGGAGAACAAAUUCGGAAACAUGCUGGACAAAAGAGAACUUACAAAGCAAUUUCAGAGAGCUAUGCCUUCCUACCAAGAGAAGCGGUGACACGAUUUCUAAUGAGCUGCUCAGAGUGCCAGAAAAGAAUGCAUUUAAACCCAGAUGGAACAGAUCAUAAAGAUAAUGGAAAACCUCCCACUUUGGUGACCAGCAUGAUUGACUACAACAUGCCAAUUACCAUGGCCUAUAUGAAGCACAUGAAACUGCAGCUGCUAAACUCACAGCAAGAUGAGGAUGAAAGUUCAAUAGAAAGUGAUGAAUUUGAUAUGAGUGAUUCAACACGGAUGUCAGCUGUGAACUCUGACCUCAGCUCCAAUCUUGAGGAAAGGAUGCAAAGUCCCCAGGCUCUUCAUGGCCAACAAGAUGAUGAUUCUGCCACAGAGAGCUUCAAUGGCAACGAGACUCUGGGGCACAGUUCAAUUGCUUCAGGGGGAACACACAGCAGGGAGAUGGGCGACCCCAACUGUGAUGGCAAAGCUGGGCUGGAACAGGACGAGCAACCACUGAACCUGAGCGACAGUCCCCUCUCAGCACAGCUGACUUCGGAAUACAGAAUAGAUGACCAUAGCACUAAUGGAAAAAACAAAUAUAAGAACCUUCUAAUUUCCGACCUCAAGAUGGAACGAGAAGCGAGAGAAAAUGGAAGCAAGUCCCCUGCGCAUAGCUAUUCAAGCUACGACUCAGGCAAAAAUGAGAGUGUGGAUCGGGGUGCUGAGGAUCUGUCUCUAAACAGGGGAGAUGAGGAUGAAGAUGACCACGAUGACCACGAAGAUUCUGAGAAAGCUAACGAGACAGAUGGUGUGGAGGCUGAGCGGCUAAAAGCUUUUAAUAUGUUUGUCAGGCUGUUUGUAGAUGAAAACUUGGACCGAAUGGUCCCAAUCUCUAAGCAGCCCAAAGAAAAGAUCCAGGCUAUCAUUGACUCAUGCAGGCGACAAUUCCCUGAAUAUCAAGAGCGUGCCAGAAAACGCAUACGUACUUACCUCAAGUCCUGCAGGCGGAUGAAAAGAAGUGGUUUUGAGAUGUCUCGACCUAUUCCUUCCCACCUUACUUCAGCAGUUGCUGAGAGUAUCUUGGCCUCAGCCUGUGAGAGUGAGAGUAGAAAUGCUGCCAAGAGGAUGCGCCUGGAUAGACAACAGGAUGAGUCUGCUCCAACAGACAAACAGUGUAAACCGGAGGCAGCCCAGGGCACUUACUCAACCUCAGCUGUUUCAGGCUCCCAGGAGGUGUUGUACAUCAACGGAAAUGGGACCUACAGUUACCAUAGUUACCGAGGGCUUGGAGGGGGCCUGCUAAAUCUGAAUGAUGCAUCUAGUAGUGGACCCACUGAUCUCAGCAUGAAGAGGCAGUUGGCGACCAGCUCAGGAUCAUCUAGCAGUUCAAGCUCCAGACCUCAGCUGAGUCCAACUGAAAUCAAUGCAGUGAGACAGCUGGUUGCGGGAUAUCGAGAAUCCGCCGCAUUUUUACUGCGUUCCGCAGAUGAACUGGAAAAUCUUAUUUUACAACAGAACUGA